AUGCUCUCAAUAUUGGUCACCGUGGGCUUUCUCUGCACAGCCACUGCCAUUGCUGAAGUAAUGGAAGUGACUCAGCCAGCAAUUGUGCUGGCCAACAGGCAAGGAGUUGCCAGCUUGGUGUGUAAAUACAAGAACAUCGGGAAUGCACAGGAAAUUCGAGUGACUUUGCUUAAACAGACUGGUGACCAGAUCACAGAAAUCUGUGCUUCAACAUACACCAUGGAGUUCAAAACAUUAUUUGUGGAAAAGAUCAUUCAGUGCCACGUUACCCCUGGCCAAAACAAUGUGACCCUCACGCUGGCUGGCCUGCAAGCAAGUGACACCGGGCUUUACAUUUGCAAGAUAGAGCGGAUGUACCCCCCACCCUAUUUCACGAACAAGGGAAAUGGCACACACCUCUAUGUCAUUGAUCCAGAACCUUGUCCAGACACUGCCAUAUACCUCUGGGUAUUAGGAGCUACUGCCUCAGGAUUUUUUCUCUACAGUAUCAUCAUCUCAGCCAUUCUUGUGGGCAAAGCGAUAAAGAGAAGACGAUGUCUCACUACUGGAGUCUAUGUGAAAAUGCCUUCUGAAAAGCUAGAGAAAAAAGUGAUUCCAUUCCAUAUCACUGUUAACUGUAACAAGGAAGGAGAGAAACCAUUUCCUAGCUGGGAUGGAGUGUCUGCUAAUUCAUUUCAGUUAAAGAAAUAA